CAGACCCACAUCACAUCCGAGUUCACUAAAAUGCACCAGAUUCUCACUGAGAAAGAGCAGCGUUUACUCAGAGAUCUCAGGGAAGAAGAGGAGAGGGUUGUAGAACCAAUGGAGAAAAUCCUUCGAGAGAUUCAGGAGAAUUUACAUUCCACUGAGGAGGAACUCUCAAAGUUGCAGAAACAGAUGGAGCAAAAAGACGAAUUGAUCUUUCUGAAGGAGGAAGCUUGUCGGAAGAGAAGGAUUGAUGAUGAGGAGAAGACACUCUCAGCUUCUGAUGGCUCUCUGUCUCUCGGACAGUUCACUGGCCUUUUACAGUACACAGUCUGGAGAGAAAUGAUACACACUAUUCACCCAGCUCCAGCCUCUCUGACUCUGGAUCCGAACACAGCGCAUCCCCGGCUCAUCCUGUCUGAGGACCGGACCAGUGUGAGACUCGGAGACACAGAGCAGCCGCUCCCUGACUCCCCGGAGAGAUUUGAUUCCUGUCACUGUGUCCUGGGAUCAGAGGGAUUCACAUCAGGGAGACAUUACUGGGAAGUGGAGGUGGGGGAGGAGACCUGGUGGAUUCUGGGAGUGGCCCGAGAGUCUGUGAUGAGGAAAGGGGAGAUCACCCCGAGCCCGGAGACCGGAUUCUGGAUUGUGAGGCUGGUACCCGGAUGUGGUUAUUUUGCCGCCACCUCCCCCUCACUGACCCCCCUCUCCCCGAGUGUGAAUACCCGGAAGAUCGGGGUUUUCCUGGACUAUGAGGGUGGACAGGUGUCAUUUUACAAUGAGGACACCAUGUCCCAUCUCCACACUUUCACCCACACUUUCACUGAGAGGCUCUUUCCCAUCUUCAAUCCGGGAGGGAAUGACGGCGGGAAAAACUCCGCCCCGCUGACAAUCUGCGGGAUUAAAGGGCACUAACAAAUCCAUCCCAUAAUUUCACCCCGUCCCCCUGCCUCCUGCCAGCUGUAAACUGAUGGGGGUCGGUCUCAGUCUGGGGGAAAGAAGGAGGGGGAGAGAAGAAACAAAUAGAAGCUCAAUUGUAGAGAGGGACUGACUGGGUAGAGUGAGCUGUGAGCUGCAGGAACCCGGGGACCUUCCUGCCUGUAAUGUUGCUCCACAGGCGGGAGGUGGCGCUACAUGACGGUGAUGGAGAUGAAUCAGUCAAUGGGUCUCAGACUGGGCUCAGAGGAGUCUUUCCAGGAGGGACACCAAAUCAUUUCCCUGCAGGGUCAGCGGAGUGUUUCCGGGGGGAAAUUUAAAUCAUUUCCCUGCAGAGUCAGUGGGGUCUUUGCAGGGGGACUGGGCUCAAUCAAAAUAAACAUUUCAGACUGAUCUUCUUUAGACUUCCACCGUGUGUCAGUAAUGUACAUGAUUUAGUGACAUAGCGAGACUAGUCUUGUUUUGUUCAGGUUUGUAACUAUUGUCCAGAAUUUUGCUGCUCUUUCAUAAAAUUGGAAAAUUUGAAAACCUCAGAUUUGAAAGGGAUGGGUGAACCCAUCAUUUAUGCCAUAAUCAGAUAAUAUUUAACCAUGUUUGAAACUGUUCAGUUGGUACAAACUGAAAUGUAGCUGGAAUUACAGUUAUUACUUGUCCCUGAGUUAUUAUCUAUCAUCAUUAUCUGCACUGAAAUCAUCCUUACGUCAGCCCAAUGAAAAGAUCAGUUUGAUAAAAAUCAUUAAUUACUCUUGCACUCUGUGCGCGGAACCAAUUCAGAUUUUGACAAUGUUUAUGUUUAUGUAAUUAUAAUUUAUGUUGGAGGGCACUAUCAAAUUCUUCAAUCAAAUCAACAUCUUUGAUUCACUAGAGUGUAAGUAAGGCUUUUAAAAAAAAACUUCAUCAAUAAAUCCAAGAGAGUAA